CGCUGUGCAGGGCACUUCCCCAGACGAGCGCUCUAAUUCAAGCGGGAAAUCCGCUGUGCAGAUUGCUUCCCCGGACGAGCGCUCUAAUUUAAGCGAGAAAUCCGCUGUGCAGGUUGCUUCCCCAGACGAGCGCUCUAAUUCAAGCGGGAAAUCCGCUGUGCAGGUUGCUUCCCCAGACGAGCGCUCUAAUUCAAGCAGGAAUGUAUCUAUAUUUGCUGUGUAUCUAUAUUCCCGUUUUAAAAAGAAAGUAUUUUAUGAUGAUGCGUGUUUGUGAAGAAAUGGUUUAGGAAGAUCGAUUCGUAUGCUGUAGGUACUGCGCAAUCACGAAGACAAACAGAAAGUAUAAAAACCUCUUCAAUCAUUUGUUCACAUGAAAUGAUCAAAAAUAACAGUUUAGUAGAUGACAUAUUUUCUAGUUCAAAGUUGUCAUGGCCUGUCAGAAUUGGACUGAAAUAUUUUUAAAUACGUAAGAGUACACGUUUCGGUGGUUGCACGCGUUUGGAUGUUGUGAUUUGCUAUUUUUGUUCAAAAUUGUGCCACCAUGGACAUAGAAAUCGAAGACUUGGUAGGCGACGUGAAGUAUACAGACUCCCAAAAAAGUGUAGCCACAUCGAACAUGUACUCAAUGGACUUCACCGACAGUAGUUCAGAUAAAAAUAACUCGUCUGGCAAAGAAACAUACGUCAUAGAAUGGGAUGAGAGCGACGAUAGCGAAAAAGAUCUCAGCGGGCAUGAAAAUCAUAGCAUAAUUAAUUUAAAUGAGAAAACAGAUACGCAUAUGAUAAUGAAAUGUAAUACCACAAAUAUUGAAUGCGAAAAUAACAAUAAAAUCACCAAAUCAACUUCAGCAACCUUUCACACAUGCUCCGUUACACAGGAAAUAUUUACACAAACGAGUAAGACUAUAAUAGAGUUGGCCGAAAAACAGGGUUUGAAAAAAACUCUGGAAAGUAAAACAUUGGAAACUCAAACAUCCUUUUUAUCAAUAGCAGAUAAUAAAACGGUAGAAUAUCGAAUACAAGUUUCUGGUGCACAAACAACUCUUGUACAGUACGCUGACUUGAACGUUGAAUGUAACGAUCCUUUUCAUUUUGCUUGCAACAACGUAUCCAAUUAUAAGGAAAAAUCAUUGGAUGAUGCGUCGUCAAAGUUACCUAAAUCAUCAAUAGAUAGUAAUGAAAAGUCAGAAGAAUGCAAAAGUGAACAAAGCUGUGAUGAUAAAUUUGAUGCGGUCGUUACUAAUGAAUCCAUUGCGGAAAACAAAGAAGAAACUUCUUACGAAAACAAUAGUACAUUUGAAUAUACUUCAAGAUCAGAUUCAGAUAUAGAAGAAGACUCAUUGAUGUGUAACGAAUACAGUGACAACAAAAAUUACAAGGCUGAUAACGCCAGUGACACGAGUGAAGUUCCAAAAUCUGUAGAUAGUGAUAUUGAAGACUUGUAUAAUAAGCUUUCUGAAAGAAUAAAUUUUAAUAUAAACAGUGACAGGCCUGGCGAUCAAGCAGGUUCACGAUUUAACGCAUUGACACCAUUAUCUGAAGAGCCUGUGAAAAAUGAAAGUGUAUUUGAAAUUACGCCUUUUGGCGAUAACAUAGUAGAAACAAAAGAAGAUGACAAGUACUUACUCUUCGUCAUUGAUUCUGGCAUCAAAGUCAAGGUUCUUCCUGAAGAUGAAACAGCAAAAAUGGAAGAAAAUGAAAAAGAACUUUUGAAACUGCCUCCUUUAAAAACAAAUCAAUCAUGUCCAACAAGUCCUUAUUUAGAUUUUAUGUUUUCUGGUAACACUCAACACUCUAUAAAUAAAAACAUAUAUCUAGAAGAAGGGCGUAAGGAUUGGUUCAUGGACGAUAGAUGGGAAAUUGGGAAUAAAGAUUUAGCUGCAGGAGAGAGUCCUCUAAUAAGUGGAAGAACUGAUCAAACCAAAAGAUCAUUUGAACCGAUACUGCAACUGCCCCCUAUCCACGUAGAUGGGAAUAUAAAACAUGUUGUAAAAAAAGUUUUAACGAGCGACCUGAAGAAUUCAAAUAUGACCUUCAAGAAAGACCUGCACAGUAAAAAUCAAGAUACUAUAAAUAUAAAGGAUAAAAUCACGGAGCUAAAGAUGAAUAACAAUUCGAAAUUCUGGCCGCAGUUUAAGUUUAAUAAUAACUCGACCUCAGAAAGCAGGACUAGCAGAAGUCAAUCUCCCGAUAGCCCGACGAUAGAGGACAGCCGGCUGGGCGACGUGGCGGAGCGCGGCUGCGAAGUACUAUGCCAGGAGCUACUGAAGCGGCUCAAAUCCAGCUCUUGGUUCGAAGUAUCAGAAACUCUGGAAGAGCUACCAAAAGUGAUGGAGAAAUUUUGGGUGGUCAUAGCUGAGAAUCGCAUCGCUGAUUUGAUAAGACAAGUAAGCUACCAUGUGGAUUCCCCCCGGACUCAAGUAGCGAGGCACGCCUGCGACACUCUCGCGGCCAUAUUGAAACACACAAACUACACCAAAAAACCGGACUUCUUCGAGGCGGUAACCAGUUUGCUGGUGAAGACGGGCAGCUACUGCCGGCCGGUGCGGCGCGCAGCCAACGUGGCACUGGACGCGGUCGUGAGCGGCGUCGAGUUGCCGCACGCCGUCACGGCACUCUGCGUACACGGCACUGGGCACAAGAACCCGCUAGUCCGCUGCGCUGCAGCCCGCCUGCUGGUAGUGUCUUGCGCUCUAGCGGGAGGCGGGCGCGAACUUCUGCGCACGCGGCCACCUAGCGCUGUGUGCGCUCGGCGACAUGCGCUGCGUUCGCUGGCGGCGCUACUAGAGGACAGAAACACUGAUACCAGAAAAUACGCGGAGCGUUUGUAUUCCAUGCUACGACCGCUGAGUAACUUUGAGGCUUUCUAUCUGACUGAUGUCGACGUAGAAGUGGCAACGAGACAGAUGAAAAAGUAUGACCAGCUGUUGUUGUGCGGGCCACCCAAGGAGCACAGGUGACGAAACAACUACAAAAGAAAUCGUUAACAGAAUCAAUUUAAACUUAGUCUUACUAUCUCUUGACUCGAACACCACGAUUUCCUAUCGAAGAAUAACUUUUUUCGAUGUUUUAAUUUCAAAUAUGGAUCCAUUUUGAAUCGUGUGUUUGUAACCAUCGAUGGAAGAAUGUACUAAAGAUUUUUAUCCUAAAUUUGCCUGAUCCAUAAUUCGUGUUCAGCUGUCAUCUCACCAUUAACUGUUGUUUUUGCCUUAUCCUCUUUGAUGCCUAUGCCUAUAACAUCUUCUUAUUAAUGUAUACAUAGAACGUCAUGACAAAAUUUUAUUAACGUACCUACAUAUAUUUCACAUCUAUGAAAAUCUCAUAAUCUCGUAUUGUCGCUUCAAAAAGGAAUAUCUUUUAAAUAUAUUCCUAAAUAGAAAUAUUUACAAGGCACGAUAUUCAUUGUAAAAAUUAGAUGUCAAAUGUUUGCUAUGCUCUUUUAAAUUUUUAUAGUGACUAAUAAAAUUAUGAGUAAUUUUCAAGUAUGUCCAAUCUUUGAAACAGAAAUAUCACCGGUACCACAGUCAGGAAAUGAUGGCAUCGUUAAAGAUUUACUUAUGAAAGGGGAUAGAUGCGCCUGUUAAUCCUUUGAACUUUUAUAAACUAUUCCUGUAAUCUUUUAGUGCUUUUCUGACGGUAAAAUAACGUACCCAUUUAAAUUGUUUUGUCUGUGACAACAACAUGUCAUUUGUCGCUCGAAUCUAAACUUUGUAAAUAUAACAAUCUUAUAAUUUAUUCAAAUCGUGGUUUUAUUGGACAGGUUUAUUUGAAAAAUAAUAUUAAUUUUAUGCUUUAACUAAUGUGUAGUACCAAUUUGUGACUUGUGCCAACUUGUAACUGCUACUUUAGUAUGACUGCAUUAAAAUAAUUU